UAAAGAUACAUAAAAAAAAGGUAUUUCUAUGGAAAAGGACUAGGAAAUGAAGAAGAAAACAGUAUUAUCGGAACCGAAUGUUGUAUGUGGUUUUUACCCUCGUUUAUUAGGGUCAUCUGUAUCAACUUUAAAUGAUACAAAAAAUAUACACUGUGAAUUGUCUUGUAGGUCUUUAAGUGCAUUAGAAUCAGAUAAUUUUUCAGAAGAAAUACUUUUUGUUGGAAAAGGGUCUAAAGAAACAAAAAAAAAGGUAGUUCAUGUAUAUAAAAACAAAUAUAAGUCAUCAGGAAAUGAUGAAACAACUAAGGAGAAUAAAUCUGGAAAUGAUUUGACUAAGAACUCUGAUUUUAUACAUCUUAAAUCUGGUCAAAAGCCAUCAUUGUCUCGUUCUCGAAAAGCAAAAGGAUUAAAAAAUAAGGUUAAGUAUGUUAAAGAUGAUAAUGCAGAGUUGGAUUACAUUGAGAAUAUAACUGCUAACGAAUGUUUAAAUUAUGAUGAACUUUUAAAAGAAUAUGAAUCAAGUUCAGUAUUUUUAGAUGAUAGAGAUGUAGUCAUUUAUAGUGAUGAUGAUUUGGAUGAAAAAAAACAUUAUGACAUAUAUAAUCGGUUUGGAUUUGAUACCAGUUCUAUACCAAGAUCUGAUCGUCGGGCUUGGAAGAAUAAUAGAAUAGCUCUAUCUUAUUUAAAUAAGAAAUUUAAGAAGAAUUAUGAUUUAGAAGAUGAUAAUUAUUUUUCUUUUUAUAAUGAUUUAGAAAAUUUGGAGAAAAGUAUAGGGAGAAAAAGAUCUCAAAAACAUUAUAGAGAUCUCUCUAUAAUGAAAAAUCCAGAGAAAAAUGAAAAGGAAAAUAAAAAAGGUAAAAUGGUUGGAAGAACUUUUAAAGAAUUGCUUUUACAUGUUAAUAAUAUAAUAUUACGUUUUUUAUCUGAUUCUGAUUUAAUGGAACUUGAUCUUGUUCCUAUGGAUUCCCACGCUCGUAAAUGGGUUCAUAUGUUGGCUAAUGCUUAUGGUAUUGUUUCAAAGUCUUUUGGGCAAAGGAAAUUGCGACAUGUAGUUUUAUAUAAAACUAAACGAGUUCAUAACUAUUCCAAAUAUCAUGUUGAUAGAAUUUUACAGAAUCUUGAGCAUUAUGAUCGCAAGGUUUAUAGAAUGAAAGACUCUAAUAAAUCAAAAGGCAAUUAUGGCAAAAUUCCUAAGGAUAAACAUAAAUAUAAAUAUCACGAUGGUGAUAUUGUUGGUAAAGAUGCACCUGAAAUAGAUAAAGAUAAUAAAGGAAGAAUGAUGCUAGAAAAGCUAGGAUGGAUCGCAGGAAAUGGAUUAGGUGCAGCUGAUAAUAAAGGAAUUGAAGUACCUGUAAUGGCUGUGAUUAAAACGACUAAAUUAGGGCUUAGAUAGUGUUUUUAUAGCAUUAUAAUACAUAAUUCAUACUGCUUUAGAGAUG